AUGGAUGACGACUCAUUCUUCCUCUACGGUAUCGGCGAAAAACCAGAUGCUCUAACCCUCGGCAGCCUGGUGCUGGAGAAGUACUGGAUGCCCCUCAUCGCGCGCCAUUACACACAUGAUCCACUCCGAGGAGAAUAUCUAGAAGCCCAUGCAUGGACAAGUAAACUCGACAACCUGGUCCUCCAUGGCCGCACUCGAGUCAGUCCUGGCAUCGGGGUGAGCGGCUUCGACAUCGUCGAUCUGCGACUUGCAUGGAAUAAAGACCAAGAGCGCUAUGUGACUGCCAAAUCUGGGCAGAAGAUCACUCUCAAAGACCCCAAAGCAUUCCUCACCACCCAAAUCCUGCCAAACCCCAAAGCCCGCUCCACCCUCAAACUCUGGCUCUCUUCCGCCCGCAGCGACUACGUAAUGAACAUGCGGUGGGCCCGCAGACCCAAGAUCUGGUUCCUCACCGGCCUCUAUCUGCUAUCGGGCGCACGUACAAUCGUCCGCAAAUCAUCCUCAACGCAUAUCGACGUCGGACUCAGUUCCGCCAUUGUAGGGGCUCUUGGCGGUGUACCAAUCGGGGGUUCUGUAUCGCUGGGUCAGGGCGAUAUGUGGGAAAUGACCAUGGGUAUGGAAGAGGAGCAUGUCUGGGCCGCGCAGUAUCGGCUAAUUGAUGCGAAAUACAUCUCUGCUUCUACUUCAGCCACAAAACAGAACGAGGAGAUGGCGUUGCCGCCGACGAUGUCGUUGUAUAAGGAUAUCCUGAGUGUGCGAAAUAAGAGAACAGCGAGCCAGAUUUCUCGAGACGCGGCAGAUGUGGAUGUUGAACUGGGGCUGGAGCCGUUGAUUCAUGAUUCUGCAGAUUUGACUACGGAUGCAGUCGUGGAUGCAGUGCCGCCGAAUAGGGCGGCAGAAGUUAUAACUAUUGUUCCAGAGGAGGCGGAAGAAGAAGAAGAGUCGGAAGAAGCGUUUAAGGAAUAUGAGAAAAGACUUGAAGAGGCUAUACGGAUGUUUGAGGCUGCGCCUCCGCGGUUUCUUGAGCGAUGA